CAAUCCACCUGAGAAUUGUUCUGCUAGUUAGAAUGGCGUUAAUGACUGUGCAUAGAACACCGUCUGUCUGCACAACAACAGAUGAAAGCAUUACAAGAAGAGGGAAACUUCAGAAGAGGGAGAGUUUUGCCUUCAUCAAGGGUGCAGUACUUCUGCUAGAGGAAGGAGCCAGGGUGGGGCCACAUGAGGAUCCAAGCACUUGCGUCGUGGGUGGAGCCUCUAAUUCUAAACAAAGGCAUUUGCAUGCCAUGGUUUCAUUGCUAAGGCCAGAAGACACUGUCAAACUGGCUGUUUGUUUGGAGUCAGCAAGUCCAGUCAGAGUAAGAUAUUUAAUUGUUGUUACAACUGCCUCUCGCAAACAUGAGAGCCUGCUGCUCGGCAUGGACUUCCCAAAUGUGCUUAGUGAUGAAUGCACAAUUGGUCUUGUACUACCUGUAUGGAGUGACACACAAGUGUAUCUGGAUGGAGAUGGUGGUUUCAGUGUAACUUCUGCAGAAGUAUCAAGAAUAUUCAAACCUGUAUCUAUUCAGACAAUGUGGUCAGUGUUACAAGCUCUGCAUGGUUGCUGUGAGCGGGCGGUGAAGGGGGCUGUGAUUCCAGGCUGCGGGUUGGAUUGGGCUCAGCAUUACACGCAGCAUGUUGAGUCCAACCAGCACUGCUUGAAUGAGUGGAGGGCCAUGACUGGUCUCGAGUCGGUACGCAGAGACACCAAAGGCCAUAGCACAGAGAGAGAAAGAGUGGAAAAAGAGAUCAAAAUCCAGCUUAGAGACAUCAUGAGGACUGAGGACCUGGAGAACAUCACCUCCAAACAGGUUCGAUGUGCACUAGAGGAAAGACUCGGCUUGGACAUGAAGAAUUACAAGGAGUAUAUUGACAAUGAAAUGAUGGUGACCAUGGCACAGAUGGACAAACCAUCCAAAAUCUUAGACUACCUUUACUUGGGCUCAGAAUGGAAUGCUGCAAACUUUGAAGAGCUUCAGAAAAACAAUGUUAGCUACAUUCUCAAUGUCACCAUGGAGAUUGAUAACUUUUUCCCAGAAUCCUUCACCUACAUGAAUGUCCGGGUUUAUGAUGUGGAGUCAACAGACCUGCUCUCACACUGGAACAGCACAUAUGUGUUUAUUAAUGAAGCCAGGAAGCGUGGUCAGGCUGUACUGGUGCACUGCAAGAUGGGAGUGUCUCGCUCUGCCUCUACUGUGAUUGCAUUUCUAAUGAAGCAGCAGGGCUGGACAUUUGAAGAAGCAUACACCCAUGUCAGAGAAUGCAGGCCCAUCGUUCAGCCCAAUGAUAGCUUCCUCAGACAGUUACAGACGUACAGUGGCAUCCUCAGUGCCAGCAGACAACGUCACAGCGCCCUCUGGAGGCGAAAGUCUAAAUCGGAUUCUCAGGUUAAAGCAGCCCAAAAGCAGGGGCAGAAUGAAGUGAGUGAGGAAGAGCAAGGUGAUGAUGAACAAGAAGAAGAAAGUCCAGAGGAAGAAGAAAGCUUUGAGGAGGAUGAGGAGGAAAAAUAUGUAUUUGAGGAGUCAAGUGUCUGUGAUAUUGCAACACAAGAGGUAGUCACACCUGUGAUCACUGUCCAUGAGAGUGACAAGGUGACGCCAAGUCCCAGCAGAAGUGGAAGAAUGGAUCUGUUUUCCCUUAUGCAGUCCAUUCAGCUGGAUGAUGAGGAGAGACUAAGUGAUAAAGAGAACACAACAGCUCAGAUGAGAUCACCAGCCCAGAGGAGACGCAGUUACAAACGAAGAGCUCUGACGCACCAGAAAGCUCAUGUGGACGUUUCUCCAGGACCAAGCACCAUAUCACAGAGCCAAAAGCAAGAGAAGUCGGAGCAUGGAGCCAGUGGGUAACAAAUGUAGGAGAGGUAUGAAAGAAAAGAUACUUUAAUAAGGAGUUACGAAGAACACUCUUCAUGAGGAACACCAGACCAAUUCUAAUGGUUUGUUUGCACGUACUGGUGGUGAGCUCUUGGUUGCUAAGUUUGUCUAAACAGACAAAUUUAUACAUGCACACAUUAAAUAAUUUCAAUGCAGCCAAUGCAGGUUUAUGAACUUAUUAAAUGAUUUAUCAUCGACAAACUUUGUAGAGUGAACAGUGAUAAAAGAACCAGCACUCAGAAUAGUGUGAAAGCAUUCUGUCACUAUGUGCCUUUGUUUUGUCUUUUACACAGUC